UCCGCGCCGCCAUCUUUGUACCGCCGUUGAAAUACAAUAAUAAAUAUUUAUUUUUUUAAAAAGUUGUGAAAGGAAAAUACAGAAAGUCUGAUUUAAGGCGUUACAUGUAAUUCCAGCGACCUUUCUUUCCGCCGACAAGCCAAGCUGGCGACAGAGCGGUAACUACCCACAGUUACUCGCCUCGAUACUGAAAUUAAAACGGACUGCUCCGGAUAACACCUCCAGAUGUCACUGGUGGACCUUGGGAAGCGACUUCUGGAAGCCGCUCGGAAGGGGCAGGAUGACGAGGUCAGGUCGCUCAUGGCCAACGGAGCCCCCUUCACCACGGACUGGCUGGGGACGUCACCUUUGCAUCUGGCCGCUCAGUACGGACACUAUUCCACAGCGGAAGUACUGCUCAGGGCCGGCGUCAGCAGAGACGCCCGAACCAAAGUGGACAGGACCCCCCUGCACAUGGCAGCCGCGGAAGGCCACUCUGUCAUAGUGGACCUGCUCGUCCGGAGCGGGGCCGACAUCAACGCCAAAGACAUGCUGAAGAUGACGGCGCUGCACUGGGCCGCGGAGCACCAGCACCGCGACGUCGCCGAGCUGCUGGUCAAGUACGGCGCCGACGUUCACGCCCUUAGCAAGUUCGACAAGACCCCCUUUGACAUAGCGGCUGACCACCAGGACAGCGACCUCAUGGUCCUACUGCAGGAGGGCAUGCAGAACCAAGUCAACAUGAAUCCUGAGCAGACGCCUCAGUUCAUCAUCUCGUCCUCGUCGGCUGCCGGAGUGGUGAACCUUGCCGACCUCAUCUCCACCACCGCCAAGUCUACCUCAGGAGAAUGUGUCUCCACCACCUCAGUCCUCGCCACCCUUGCUGCCCUGGCAGAAGCUUCUGGGCCCAUGGCCAACUCUAACAGACCAGGUGACUCAGAAGAGCUGAUCGCAGCCGACUCGGUGAACUCGGCCAUCCAGCACAUGGUGGGUGAUGGGGGCCAGAGGGUGAUCACCAUCGUUACGGACCAGCAUGGCAACCUGCAAACAGGAGGGCUCGGACAGCAGUUCUUCGUUACUAUGCAGCACGGGCAGCAGAUGGUAGCAGUACCAGCAGGACAGAUCACUGAAGAAGUGGUCGAGGAAGAGCCCCAGGCACUCCCAUCCCGCAAGAGGAAGCUGGAGGCUUCGACCAAUCACACGGAGCAAGACAUGGAGCCGGUGGAGAAGCACAGCCGCGAGCUUCUGCAGCGGCAGCUUCUGGAGGCCAACCGUAAGGCUCAGGAGUACCGGCAGCAGCUGCUGAAGAAGGAGCAGGAGGCAGAGCAGUAUCGCCUGCGACUAGAGGCCAUCGCCCACAGCCAGACCAACGGCACUACCACCACCGUGCUCGAGGAGUCGGGGACCGAGGGCGAGCUGAUGCAGGAGGCCGAGGAGGCCAUGGCAGGAGAGGAGGUGGUGGUCCUCCCAGAGGGCGCCAUCAUCAUCAAGGCGGAGGACCUGGACGCGCCCGAGGAGCAGGUGACGCUGGUGGAGACGGUGGAGUCCACGCCCGCCCACGCCGAAGUCACUUCAUAGAGUGAUUGCAGACAGACAAGGGACUGUCACCCCGCCGCUGUUAGCGUGUUAGCGUUCCGCUUCCUCACCCUUUUUUUUGUAUCCUCAUGAUGAUUAUUAUUAUUAUUCCUGUUGUUGAUUAUUUUCCUUAUUUUUUUUUUUCAUCUUUUUUUUUCUAAAGCUUAUGUGUGAAAAGCCAUGUAAUGAAUACCGUGUGGGCGGGGUGAGGGUGGGGCGCCUGCAGCAGAACUCUAAGGUCUGGGGCGUACCUGAGAGAGGCUAGCAGGCGAGCGACGAGGGUGGGGCUUCAGUAGCUUUGUGAAGCAUCUGAUUGGCUGCGCCAUUUCAGCGAGCCGAGCCUCCAUUAGCCUCCAUUAGCCUCCAACAGUGAUUUCAAAAGGAGUUUUAAAGACGCCGGGAUGGCAAAGGAUGUGUGCCCUUUAAAAAGACACUAUUUUUCAGACAGAGGCUUAUGCAUGGAUGCUGUGUGAAGCAGGUCUCAGGAACACAGCUCAGCGUGCGGUGAUGUCGUCUUGUAAGGGACUUCAGGGUUAAAAAAAAGCGCUAUAUAUUUCCUAAAAGACGGCAGCUCUGAAGGACAGUGUGGGCCUCGAGGUUGUGUUCUGUGGUCCUCCAUCUCUGUGAGACCGCCAGUGAGCGGCGAUGAUCUGAGGUGGUGGUAUCGGACCGUUUGUCCAGCUCGGACCCGCACCAAGCCAGUGGGCGGCCCCUCUGACACCCUGUCCCAUCCUGUUGGUACCAACGAGAUUCCAUGACGGGAAGUCAGGCAUUGUGCUGCCCAGCGUGUCUGGCAGACGGCGUCAGACCCCAUAGCCCUCCUCCCAGUGUCUGCACGUAUUUCUGUCACGACACGCCACGUGCUUCGUGACCUGGAGGUUCCUAGAAGCCCCUCGUGCAGCUAGGCCACACAUAGACAGAGAUCUCAUCGCUUGUCCCUAAUUGCUUUUUAAUUGUUGUUUUUUUGGGGAUUUUUGGUUCCCUGUAGCCCAGUGCAUUCUGGGACGUGGCUACACGGGUGUGCUGUAGCACAGAGUAAGGAUCCUGAUAGACGCCGUGGCCUCACCAUGGAUACAGCUGUCGUGGGAGAUGCAGGUCUGAAUGCAAAUUGACAGCUGUUCAGAUUCCUUAGCAGUUACUGCUGGCUCUCUGCUUCAUUGUAGAAACACACCAUUUUUUUUGUCGCACAUGCCGAAAGGGUGGUAAUUUCGUCUCGACCUCGGGGUGAAACCAGUCCUUCACUGCUUGCUUACAAUUCUUAGCAAUGCCUGCAGGAGCGUCACAUAAGAACCGCUUAAUAUUUCCUCCACAUUUCAUGUGAAUAUUUGACUUUUUUUUUAUUGUUCUUUAGUCAAUUUAUUUUUCCUUUCAUGCUCAUUCUGUAUACACCUGUCUGCGUUCUGUUUAAACAGCGGAGUAGGACUUGCAUUUGGAGAAUGAUUCUGACGUUUCAGCCAAAAUAGUCCCCUUUGGGGAGUUUAAAUACCAAAAUGCACACGGGGAUGUAAGCGCCCAUAAUCGGCUGCGUCUUUGCGUGGCACUCCUUACUUCUACCUGCAGAUGGCACUACACUUAAGGGAAGGUCUAGAUUUGUUGAUCCCAACAACUAAUACUGAUUUUCAUUAGUCUAAAUUCUGCCUAGAAGUGAAUAUUAAUUAAUUACAUCGCAGUCCUUAAGUUUUUCAAGAGCCGUAAGAACAGCUUUUCUCUCUCUAAAAGGUAGCUGUUAAUGAUGAGUCAGUCUGGCUGGAGAGUUUUGAUGGUGCCUUUUAUGGGAGUUCAUGUAUCUACAUGGUGUGACUCUUUUGUCGGAGACGCUGUGUAACGUGGACUGAUGAAGGAAACGCAUCGUCGUACCUUCUGCGAGUACUUGUUCAUGUAAUGUUACUGAAUGGGUCUUUCCUGAAAAAGGUACUAAUUAGUCAUUUAAUUACUGUUAACUCUGGGACAGAAAUCAUGAAAAAUUCCUUCCAACUAAUGCUGAGAUGUUUUUUCUUUCCAGUGCUCAUUAAUUGAUUUUAUUGUGAGAAUGCAAGAUAGUGAGUGAAAUUUCCAGACCUUAAACAUUUAACAGGGCUGCUGUUUAGUAUGCAAAUUAACAAGCUGCACCUUGUAAGAGGGACUUUUGAUACAUUAUUUUGUAUUAACAAAGAAGCACUAUCAGGGAUUGAUUGUCUUCCAGACAUUUUUAAGAACCAAGUUAUAAUUAAAACCAAUACAACUUAGUAAUUGUUUUGGCGUUGAAAAUGUAAAAUAGUUUUGUAAAAGACAUGUUUCCUUUUUUUAAAUAAAAGACAGCAAAUAUUUUCAGUAUUCAGUUAAACGCAUUCAAUAAUGUUCUUUUAUUACUGAUGGCUCAUGCCCUUCAUAGAAAAGGGCAUCUCCUGUAGUUCUGUAUCCUAAAUGUAACCUCAUGUAUCUCCGAAUUAAAUAUCCAAUUUUUUUUUUCCUCCA